AUAAUUGUAAUAAAUAAUAAUUACUAGCGUAGACACCAGAGAAAACAAAAAAUAAAAAUAAUUGAAGUGUGACGUUUUUGAAAAUAAUAAUGUUUACGACUUUAUUUUUACUACUCUUUGUCAAUUUGUUCUGUUCUAUAGAGAACAGCGAAACAUAUAAUUUGACAGAUGGUAUAUUGUGUCGUUAUUGCGGUAGUUACCUUUUAACGUCGGAUAAAAUAACUUCUAAAUUCAGCCCCUCUGCUCUGUAUACAUUCAACGAUACAUUAUUUAAUAGAAAUGAAGUUUUAGUGCAGUUGUUAUCACAAGACGGCUUUUUGCAAAUUCCUGUCAUAACUUCGAGUCAGGCUGAUUGCAUAGUAAAAGAAGAGUGGGAAGAGAAAGAAAUAUGGUUUCCAGGAUACACUUGGAAACCAUGUUUUUGUCCUGAAUGUGGGAUUUUAAUUGGCUGGAUGUUUGAACAACAUAACACAAAAAUAAUUGAAACUGACCAAUUUUUUGGCCUUAUAUUGGGCAAUCUAAUUAGUGAAAAUUUUACAAAUUCCCUCAUUAAAUACCCAAAUAGUUUGUUAUAAAUAUGGACGUCAAUGUUUUAUCCGAUGAAGAUAAAGAGUUCUUAGAAAUAUGUGAAGAAGAAUUUAAGGAUAGAUAUACUGAAAAAGACGAGGAGUUCAUGAAAGUCUUCAGCAAAGAACCAUCUACACCACCAAUUUUAGAGAAAUGGUGGUCGCCUUUUAAUUCUGGCCGAAGAAAUGAGCG